AUGAGCCUCAAGUAUAUAAGUAGUAAUAUGAGCUGUAUAAUGAAGGGGCUGGUACAACGACCUAUGGAGAUGAAAGUAAAGGAAAUUAUGGAAAGAGAAAUAAAUCUUGCAAAAUUAGCAGGGCUCCUGUUGACAAUAUUGGGUGCUUGGUACUUGGGCUACUUAUUCGCUGCACAUGUACCUGAAGAGACAAUAAUAACAUCUAUUUCUAAUCUUCAAGACAUUGGGAAGAAACAAGUGUUGAGGGCCCCAGUCCCAAAAAGGCAGAAGUGUGAUCACUGGUCUCCCUGCUCGCCUGAGGACUAUGCCUAUCGGAUUCUUAGUGGUGGUGGCAAAGAAAAGCUGGCUAAAAUUUGUUUUGAGGAUGAGCUGCUUAUAAGUGAAGAGAAGGGUAAUGUUGGAAGAGGUAUAAACAUUGCCAUUGUGAAUUAUAAAACAGGAAAAGUUACAUCGGCAACAUUUUUUGACAUGUGGGAAGGAGACCACUCAGGAGAGAUGAUGACUUUCAUUGAAAAUGCACCAGAAGGGUCCCUCCUUUUGAUGGUGACUCAUGAUGAUGGAAGCACCCGGUUGAAGAAUGACGCCAAAACAUUAGUAGAAAAUCUGGGAAGUAAAGAAAUAUGGAAUUUGAAGUUCAGGUCAAGCUGGGCUUUUAUAGCUUCCAAAGGCUUCAAGCUGCCAGAUAAUAUCCAAAAAGAAAAGAUAAACCACUCUGACAAGAAGAAGAACAGAUACAGUGGCUGGCCAGCUGAAAUCCAAAUAGAAGGCUGUAUCCCAAGAAACCUGAUCUGA